UGCUAAUGACGGCUUAAUUAGGUUCGAAAGAUUUGUCUCGCGGUUUCCAGCCGAGUUAUGAAAUUAGUUUUUUUUAUUCGUAUCCAAAAACCUCUUUUGACAUCCGGUCAAACAUUUGAUGUGGCAUCCAAAAAUUCUCAUUUCAUGAACUAAACAGGGCCUUACAAGGGCGGAUCUACCGGCUUGAUUCAGAAGCUUUCCUUGCCAAUGUGUCAGCCUUGUCGAUACCUUGUUCACUAGGGGGAAACUGAAACUUACUCCCUUCGUCUCAAAAAAACUCAACCUAAGAGGGAAUGAGAUUCGUUGUCUUUAGAGUGGUCUGGUCAUAUCCUCUUUUAGAUUAAGUUAUUUUGAGACGGGGGAGUAGCUUUGAAGGAGCUAAUGGUAGCCUGAGAUAAGUCAGCGGGAAGGUUGUUAUUAAUUGUUGCCAUGAGGUGCACGAGCAUGCUGUUGAGGUCGAGGGACCGACAUCGAAUUGUGUAUUCGUUCAUUCUUAACGGAAGACGAUAAACCUUACCCUAUUUAAUUUUCCCUACUGAAUUUUAUCCUUAUUAAUUUAAUUUAACAAAGUCAACUUGAUUUCCUCAAUGGGCAUUUUUAUGUCGCAUAUAUGCUUGCGUGCGCGCUUCAUGCAUGUCAAUAACUUAGUAUACCAUACUAAUCUAUGUAAUGAACCCAAUCGUCUUGGAACAGCUCUCGCCAUGGACGCCUUCGUGCAUACAAGAUAAUCUUGUUUUUGUUCUUGAUAAUCUUGUUUUAUCCAAGAUUAGAUAGUACUACUAGUAAUGAGGUAGUAUAUAAAUGUCGUCUCGAUAUGUACACCCACACUGCCACAUAAAUCCUUUGCGAAAGGAAAGGGAAAUGGAAGACGCGUCUCAUGGCUACGUCUACGUCGGCUUGGCUCUCGUGUCGCUGUUCGUCGUGCUGCUCGCCAGGCGCAGGCGCUCGCCGCCGCCGGCAGCGCAUGGCGACGGCGGGCUACGGCUGCCGCCGGGGCCAUGGACGCUGCCGAUCAUAGGUAGCCUGCACCACCUCGUGGGGCAGAUCCCGCACCGCGCGAUGCGUGACCUGGCUCGUCGCCACGGGCCCGUCAUGCUGCUCCGGAUCGGCGAGGUGCCCACGCUCGUCGUGUCGUCCAGGGACGCGGCGCGCGAGGUGACGAAGACCCACGACACGGCGUUCGCGAUGCGGCCGCUGAGCGCCACCCUGCGCGUGCUCACCAACGGCGGCCGGGACCUCGUCUUCGCGCCGUACGGGGACUACUGGCGCCAGGUCCGGAAGAUCGCCGUCACCGAGCUCCUCACCGCGCGCCGCGUCCACUCCUUCCGCUCCAUCCGCGAGGAGGAGGUCGCCGCCCUGCUGCGCGCGGUCGCCGUGGCCGCGGGCACCGUGGAGAUGCGCGCCGCGCUCUCCGCGCUCGUGAGUGACAUCACGGCGCGCACCGUGUUCGACAACCGGUGCAAGGACCGCGGGGAGUUUCUCGUCCUGCUCGAGCGCACCAUCGAGUUCGCGGGAGGGUUUAACCCGGCCGACCUGUGGCCGUCGUUGUUGUCGUCGCGUCUCGCCGGUCGGCUGAGCAGUGUCGUACGCCGCGCCGAGGAGUGCCGCAACUCGGUGUACAAAAUCCUCGACGGCAUCAUCCAGGAACACCAAGAGAGAACUAGCGCCGGCGGCGAGGACCUCGUCGAUGUUCUGCUAAGGAUACAGAAGGAGGGUGGGCUCCAGUUCCCGCUCGCCAUGGACGACAUCAAAUCCAUCAUCUUUGACAUCUUCAGCGCCGGCAGCGAGACGUCGGCGACGACAUUGGCGUGGGCGAUGGCGGAGCUGAUCCGGAACCCGACGGCCAUGCACAAGGUGAUGGCUGAGGUUCGCCGUGCCUUCGCCGCGGCCGGCGCCGUGUCAGAGGACGCGCUCGGCGAGCUCCGGUACCUGCAACUCGUCAUCCGUGAGACGCUCCGGCUACACCCUCCGCUGCCGCUGCUGCUGCCACGCGAGUGCCGGGAGCCGUGCCGGGUGCUCGGCUACGACGUGACGCGCGGCACGCAGGUGCUGGUCAACGCCUGGGCGAUCGGCCUCGACGAGCGGUACUGGCCCGGCGGCUCGCCGGAGGAGUUCCGGCCGGAGCGGUUCGAGGACGGUGAGGCGACGGCGGCGGUGGACUUCAGGGGAACCGACUUCGAGUUCCUGCCGUUUGGUGCUGGGCGGCGAAUGUGCCCAGGGAUGGCGUUCGGGCUCGCCAACGUGGAGCUCCCUCUCGCCAGCUUGCUUUUCCACUUUGAUUGGGAGGUGCCCGGCUUGGCCGACCCGGCCAAGCUCGACAUGACAGAAGCGUUCGGCAUCACUGCACGGCGGAAGGCCGAUCUCCAUCUCCGCCCAUGCCUCCUUGUGUCUGUGCCAGGCGUCUAGCGGACAUACGUCCAACCAACUUGCUUUCGUUAGUACUCUCUCUAUAAUAUAUUACCUCCGUUUUUUUAAAGUAAAUGAAACCAUUGAUUUUUUUUAAAUGUUUGAUGGUUCGUAUUAUUAAAGAAAAUUAUGUAAAUAUAAUUUAUUUUGUGAGUUGUUUUAUCACACAGUAUUUUAAGCAUGAUUUAUAUAUUAUAUAUUUGCAUAAAAAUUUUAAAUAAGAUGAAUUGUUAUGUGUUUAAAAGUUAACAGUGUCAUCUAUUGAAAAAUAAAGGGAGUAGUUGCUAUUAUAUAUUGUAGUGGAACCAUUAGAUCCUGUUUGGUUAAAUCCCAAAAGGGAGGGAAUUUGCUCCAAACCGAACAAGUCAUUAAUCGUGUAUUGAGCUUAUGAGCGGUAGCAAAUGAACAUGUCAUUAAAUGGAUGAAUCUUGCCACAUCACACGGAAGUGCCAAUAUAUAGCGAUAGGUUAAAAAAACUACAUGUAGCAACGUGGCAUCGUCUCGAGUUACUCUAAACGUUUUCUUUUUCUUCUCUUUCAUUAAUGUGGUUAACUAUAAUCUAAUUUUCUUAGUAGGGGAUUAUCUUUAGCAUAUAUAUUAUUCUACUAAUAGGCCAUGAGACAACGUGUUUUACUAAACUCCGGAUUGACUGGUUGUCUUAUGCAGAUGUAUGCUAGAUAUUCUCACUACGAUUUCAAAUUAGAACCAGAAUGGUCAACCGAUUUCAGGAUGGUUACGGAAAAUUUCACUCUCUUGGCUAAUUGUACCAUCCUUUCCUCUAGGUAUUGAGAUCUUUCGACAAGUUGUUCUUCCCUCGAAGAAUUGUCACCAAAGAUAUUCUUCCAUGCUUAUUUUACAUUAGGUGGGGGGGGGGGGCUCAAAUUUGUAAAAGAUUAUGGGUUUGUGUUGAAAAUUGUCCUUCUAGACCUUUUUCUCCAUGCGUACCCCCGUACACGUGAGCUCUAGCAAAACAACCCUAGCUCUUCCUAACAACUAGUAGAAUUGGUAUUCACUUCUAUAUUCGGAAGUAGUUCAUUAAGAGAAUUAUUCCUCGGGAACGAGGGCGACAUUCCCUCUGCUCUGCUACCUAUAGAGGUAUAGAUCGAGUUUUUAUUUUCCAAAAUGCUUCCUCCGGUCAGCAGAGGGUCCCUUUUCUUUUCACUUACUUCGACUUUGAUCUGUCAUUGGGUCUCACCACUUCCUUCCUCAAGGCGUAUCAAUAGUAGACCUAGCUUGUAGUCACUUGCAUGCUUUUUACUUCUCUUCUCUGGUUCUUCUAAUUUAGUUCCUCGAUUGAGAGGAGUAAGAGCUUUUGAGAAGCAUCCAUAGAUUGGUAGAGGUGGUGCAUGACACAACAUGAGGAAGAAUCGAUGGGAGGAUAGACGAGAGAAGCAAGCCAGUAGGACGGUGGAAUUCAAACCUGGCUCCUAGUUGAAUAGAUUACUCAGAAAUAACCUUAGAAGAAAAAGAAAGGAGGUUGCUACAAUUGUGGCAAACCUGGGGCCACGAUAAGAAAGAAGCAAGUGAAACAGCUAGAAGCACUUGCUUUGUGCACCCAACAAUUCUUAUUCACGGGAACCCAAAGAUUUGAUUCGAACUUCAUAGAGCCGGUGCUCAUAUGGUUCAUUCAUGGGCUAUGCUCUUUAAACAAUUGACAGAAGUCGGGGGUGGGCAAAGAAGGGAACGAGCUAAAUCCGAAAGAUAGCCAAAAAUAGAAAGGAGCCUGUUCGUGCAGCUAGCUGGGCUCACACGCCAACGUGCUCAAGAGCUUUUCCAGAUGCAUCAGGCAUAUGUGGGCUCUCCCCAAGGAAUUGGGCUGCAUGGGGGAAUUUAUAGGCCUUCCUAUUUGAGGUCUUCAAUAGAUACUAUGACUACUGUGAUAUGAGCAGUUCUAUUGGUUUGAUCUUUCCGGCACACUUGUACAAAGAUGCAUGAACUACGUAGGCUUGACUUGAGCAUUUGUCAAGCUUGAGCCUAGGUAAUCAAGCUCGUUUGAGCUCGAUUCGUUGAUAGCCCUAAAUGGGUUUCACAAAA